UAUCUGAAAGAACACAGCGUGUGGUCAACCCUAACCGACGAAAUCCUAAACUCAUUCACAGAAAACUCCAGCCGUGUCUCUACACGUCGUUCCAUUAACCGUUAUCGUGACUCUUUCAUCACGAAUCUUCAGAAAUCUGUAUCUACAAAAGUAGCAGCGAACAGGGCGGCAUUAACAGUACCUCGAAUCACCCGACCACCUCUCGGUCUCACAUCUGGCUCACCUGCAUAUUCAACACGCGGACGAUGGAGACCGCAAUACAACAAUCUAGAUCACUAUUUACAAUCGUUCAUCACUUUGGAUGAUGAGGAUAUUACUCCCGAGGAGGAGCAGGCGAGAGCAGACAGAGAGUCUGAAAUUCAAUUUAGGAUUAUGCAGCUACAGAUGGAAGGUAGAUUACAGAAGACGAUUAAGGCACUACCUGAGCCUCUAUUGGCUAAGGUUCACAGGGAUUAUUUGUUAGAGAGUCUUGCCUUUGCUGCGAAAAGACAUGUGAAGAGAUUAGAGUAUAGAAAUAGAGUGACUAGACAAUUGAGUAAAGCAGUGACGCAGUAUUG